GUUAUCAACAACAAAAUAUUCAAGCAACACAUUGUCUUGUUGGCCACAUUCACCUUGACAAGAAGCAACUGGAUGAAAUGAACAUAAGUAUGGAAGGUAUUCUUCAGAAAUGCCAGAAAGAAAUAUAUAGAUGGGGAAAGAAGAAGGGGCAGGUGAAUCAACUUAUGAAGAGAGUUGUGAUCUCAAGUGAAUGAAUAUGCUACCAGGAUGCAGAUGACGAGGAACAGGUCUCCUGUUUGCAGUUUUUCCUAACUGAAAGUGUGACCACACGAAUGUCUGAAUCUUCUGCGCGAGUUGUCCAGUUGAUGGCCAAUACCAUUUCUCCUAUACUCUUGGACACAGUCAUAAAAGGUGAUACAUGAGUCCAGGAAGUGAACAUAGUAUGGGUUGAACCACAAGACACAUGUUGGGUCCAGAACUCCGGUACAGAACAGAAGGGUGAAUUGGCGCUCGUAGUCACAAUGGAUAAAUACUCAACUGGAGAGAGUGGUGAUGUCUGGGGAACAGCAAUGGAUGCAUGCAUCCCUGUGAUGGAUCUGAUCGACACUACCAGGUCUCUGCCCUACAGCAUCCAACAAGUUCAGCAAGGGUUUGGAAUUUCCUCUGCCUUCGGUCGAGUCACACAGCACCUUUCCAAGGCAGUUGGAAUGGUUACAAAAUCAGUUCUCGAAGAACACCUGACAACUGUUGCAAGCAGCAUGACCUGCACAGGUAACUUGCAUGGCUUCAACAGCUAUGGUUACAAGGCCACAUUCAAGGCCCUCAAGAUUCAGGCACCCUUCAUGAAGGCUACACUCGCUAGGCCAUUGCAAUGCUUCGAGGAGGGUGCAGAGAAGGUCUAUUCUGAUCAGCUGGAUAGUGUUGUGUCUACCUGCUCUUGGGGCAAUCCUGCACCAAUUGGGACUGGUUCAGCCUUCAAAAUCCACUGGAAUGAUGGGAGCACGUCAGCAGGCAAUGAGAACCUUGGAGGGUAUGGUUUGUAUGAAUUCCUCAGAGGUAGAAACAACAAGAGCCACUGAAGAUAAUAUAAUUGUUCCAUACGGUUCCUGCUUGUAUGAUGUUGACAACCUUGAAGAAGAUGAAAUCGAAGAGGAUGAAGUCUUACGUUUGGGAGGAAACAGUCCAAUCACUUGGACAGACAGGCCAAAAGCAAAUCUCCUGCUGCAUGAUCUUCAAGGUUGGAGGGCUGAACAAGGGCACCAAAAAGUGCCAGUUGCAAAUUGGCAACAUGGUAAACAUGUCGCCACAGAGUCAAGUGGCACUAGUGGAUGGAACCAGAGCAGUUCUACCAUGAAAGUUUAUCAGAGAAGGCAACGUAAUAGUAAUUGGAGCUCAGAUGCAACACAGCAAGAUGGUAAACCGAGUUGGAACAAAGCAUAUGUGGCAGGCCCGAGCAACUUUGCCAUUACAGGGCCAUCAUGUGGUACUAGUGGAUGGAACCAGAGCAGUUCUACCACGAAAGUUUAUAAGAGAAGGCAAUUUGAUAGUAAUUGGAGCUCAGAUGCAACACAACAAGAUGGUAACCCAAGUUGGAAGAAAGCAAAUGUGGCAGGCCAGGGCAACUUUGCCAUUACAGGGCCAUCUAGCUCUGGUGGAUGGAGUAGAAAGACCAAUAAUCUUGGUAGAGGUCGAGGUGGUGGUAGAGGUGCAGUGUGGAAAUCAGAGGGAUCACACCGUGGAGGUAACAGUAGGUGGAAAGCCCAAAGAGCCAAUACCACAAGCGCCCCGAACUUCCACAUUUCAGGACCAUCCAACUUUGGUGGACGGAACAUCAAGACCGGCAAUCUUGGCCCAUGCCGUGGCAGAGGACCAGCAUGGAGAUCAAACGGACCAAACCGGGGAGGUAGCAAUGGUGGACCAAGAGGGAGUUCAAAUUUUACACUAGCGGAACAGCAGAUACAUGCACAAGUUGAUCCAAUCAUGAAGGAAGUAAAGAGGAUCAUCCGUGAAUCAAGGGAUGGCAUCAAGCUUUCUGGAGAUGAUGAGAGGUUCAUUGUUGAAAAUAUUCUCAUGUACCACCCAGAGAAGGAAAAGAAGAUGGCAGGGAAUAACAAUUACAUAACGGUUGCUAAGCAUCAAAAGUUCCAUAGCUCCAGGUGCUUGUACGUCGUGUCCUCAGACGGCCCUCCUACAGAUUUCUCCUACAAGAAGUGCCUAGAGAACAUGAUCAGGAUUCACUACCCACGUGAUGCAAGUUCAUUCUGCAGAAAGUACUUCCAGUGAUGAGCCAUAGCAUGUCCAUUCACGUCGAACUGUGUGCGCUUGCAGUAGUGCAAUGUCUAAUCCCCUGAAAUGACCUCAUCUGGCAUACACGAUUUAUGUGGACUCUGAUGUCCAUAGACUUGUAUAAUUCGGUGUGCUUGAAAUUAUUCUACAACUGUUAUGCUAUUUCUGAACAUUAAGGAAACAAAACCUGGCAUACAUGAAUU